AUGGAAGAAUGGACAAAAGUAAUGAGCCUCACACCUGUGAACGAUCUAACUUGGACCGGUCUGGAGCAGGAGGAUGAUGAGAACACGCCUUUGUGGAAGGAACCCGGUGGUAUGAAUCCGCGCCAUAUCGACUGGUUAGUGCCGCCUGGGGACUCGUCAUCGAACGGCUGGAAUAGUGGUGCCAAUUGUGUCGCUCGCUUCCAUACUACCUACAAAUCCUAUUCUUACUUCUAUUACUGCGGACUAGAGUUCUAUUCUGUGCAACAACCUCGUUCGAGAUGUCCUAGUGGCUGGGUGGAGUAUCGUGAUUCGUGCUAUUUCAUUGAGCACGUGAAAAUGCGCUUUGAUAAGGCCGAAGUCAGAUGUCUAGAGAGGGGAUCAACAAUGUUUGUAGCCGAUUCCAUGGAAGAAUGGACAAAAGUAAUGAGCCUCACACCUGUGAACGAUCUAACUUGGACCGGUCUGGAGCAGGAGGAUGAUGAGAACACGCCUUUGUGGAAGGAACCCGGUGGUAUGAAUCCGCGCCAUAUCGACUGGUUAGUGCCGCCUGGGGACUCGUCAUCGAACGGCUGGAAUAGUGGUGCCAAUUGUGUCGCUCGCUUCCAUACUACCUACAAAUCCUAUUCUUACUUCUAUUACUGCGGACUAGAGUUCUAUUCUGUCUGCGAGAAGAACAGUACUUUGCUCACGAAAAUAUGGGAUCAAAGCGAUAGGGGCUUUCUUUUCUAA